GUGGCUCUUUGAAUCUGGUGCUUGGGAAGCUCAGCCAUGAACCAUGCUCUGCGCACCCAGGUGAUUUCUGCAUUUAAAAGGAUCCACCGUGUAAAGGCUACGGUAUUCGCCGGGGACGAAGCCGCAUUGAAUGCCGCCCGGUCCAAAAUAAAUGGCGAAUACAAGAAGAACAAGAGUUUGACAAAUGAAACGGCGAUUAAAGAGCUCAUUCAGUUUUCCAAGGAAUGCGAAGACGUCUUAAAGAAGACGGUAAUGCAAGCCACGGAAACGGAGCCGGGGAGAUACACGCUGCGGAUCAGCAAGGACACCUACAUGUGGGACAACGCGCCGUACCGGGAGGACGGGCCGCCGGCGCCGGACCCCGCCGGCCCCGCCGGGCCUCGCAGCUGCGCCGGGGCCGACCGCUCGUGACAGGACUGGCAAGCGGGUCACCGCUCCGGACACCGGCGCCGAGUCGCCGCUCCGUAGGCCCGAACAGCUGGCGAGUAGCGAGUGAAUCUUGUGAGCGCGUUAGUAUCAUUGUUUUGCUCGGGAAUACCUCACCUGAUGGCGUUAUGGUCACGUCGCUUCACAGCUCCCGGCUCAUUUGUCAGGGAUUUGCCCCCGAAAACCUUGAUCAGAGAGCGAUGCCGUGUAGACUGGAAUUCGUUGGAGAAACGUGCAUGCAGAGCACAGCAAGACGUUGUGCGGUACCUGACGAACGACUAAAUGCAGGGCACUUGAACGAUAGCUAAGUUUCGCAUGCAUGCGGUGCCGGUUGUGUCAGCGCGCGUCGACGUGCAGACCAAGCGAGAGUGAAGGGCCUGUGACCUGUGACCUUUGGCCUGGACCUGUGACCAAUUCGCCACGCUACGGAUCAGCGCGGGCGCUAUGUGGUUUGGCCGUCAUAGCUACCUGAAGCCGUGCAACCCAAUAAAAAAGUUGCAAAGGGA